UUAUAUGCGUAUAUGUGACCAUAUGACUGUGUAUGUAUGUGCUCUGGCGUUUUGAGUAUGCUUUGUGAUAUUCUUCUCAGUUACUGCUGUCAGUGGUUCUUCUUCUGCUUCUUGCCAGCGUUUUGUUGUUGACGUCGCCGCAUUGUUUUUAUUGCCGUUUCUGUCGUUGCCGUCGUGGCCGCCGCGCAGACCAAAAACUUGAUUGUGAUAUAAUUUGUUAAGUAUUUAUUUAUUUGUAUUUGGCACAAGCGUGCCACGACGGACCCGUUGGUUGCCCCAGUGUAAUUGCAGUUGCAUUCAAGCCACAAGUUCUCGAGGCGGCCGCAAAGCGCCCCCUGGCUAGAGCAACAACUCGCCUCGCCUCGCCUCGCCUACGUCUUCUUCUCUGUCUGCGGCACACUCUCACUUCUCACUUGCCACUGUCACUGUCACUGGCCGCACGCUGUCUCGCUCACUCACCAUGGUAUACUCGACGAACAUACUGCUGGGCAUUGUGACCAUAUUAACCGCCGUGUUCAUCUGGUCGCGUCGCACCUACGUCUAUUGGCAGCGGCGUCGCGUCAAGUUUGUGCAGCCAACGCAUCUGCUGGGCAACCUGAAGAAGGUGCUCAAGCUGGAGGAGUCGUUCCCCCUGCAGCUGCGCCGAUUCUAUUUCGACGAGCGCUUCCGCAACGAGCCCGUCGUGGGCAUCUACCUGUUCCAUCAGCCGGCACUGCUCAUACGGGACCUGCAGCUGGUGCGCACCGUUCUAGUCGAGGACUUUGUCAGCUUCUCCAAUCGGUUCGCCAAGUGUGACAUGCGCCACGACAAGAUGGGCUCCCUCAAUCUGUUCUUUGCCCGGCAGUCCGAGUGGCGUGAAAUACGCACCAGACUCUCGCCGGUCUUUACGGGCGCCAAGAUCAGGCAAAUGUUCUCGCUUAUGGAGGAGAUCGGCUGCGAUCUGGAGUGGUAUUUGAAGCGUUUGACGCGUGAUUUGCGACGCGGCGAUGCGUCCCGCGGCGUCAUCGUUAGCAUCAAGGAUGUCUGCGAUCUGUACAACACGGACAUGAUAGCGAGCAUCGCAUUUGGACUGCGAUCGUAUAGCCUGAGGAAUACGCAGUCUGAAAUCGGUUCACAUUGUCAGGACAUAUUCAAGCCGAACGUGCGUCGAAUAAUAGACUUCUUUGUGAUAUUCUUUCUGCCGAAGCUGGUGCCGCUGAUGCGGUCGAAGCUGUUCACGGAGACGCACUCGGAGUUUCUGCGCCGCGUCAUCCAGUUGGUGAUCGAGGAGCGCGAACGAGGCGGCGAUCUGCGCAAUGAUCUCAUCGAAAUGCUGCUGACCCUCAAGAAGGAGGCCGAUCUGCAGCAGGACAAGACGCACUUUACGCACCAUCAGGACUUUCUGGCCGCCCAGGCGGCCACCUUCGAGGUGGCCGGCAUCGAGACCUGCUCCUCGACCAUGUCCUUCGCCCUCUACGAGCUGGCCAAGCAGCCGCUAAUGCAGGAGCGGCUGCGGCGCGAAAUACGGCACACGUUCGCCCUGGCCGCGGCCCAUGGGGGCGGGCCGGGUCUGAGCUAUGAGCUGAUUGCCGGCAUGCGGUACCUGGAGAUGGUGGUGGAGGAGACGCUGCGCAAGUAUCCCAUUGUGCCGGUGCUGGAGCGCGAAUGCUCGCCGAUCAACAAGAAGCGCUUCUACUCGCUGCGCCCGCACGCCGAGUGCUAUGCCCGGCGCGGCAUGCCCGUCUUCAUCUCCAAUCUGGCCAUACACCACGAUCCGCAGUACUGGCCGGAGCCGGAACGCUUCGAUCCGGAGCGCUUCAGUGCCGAGAAUAAACCGAAGCAAACGCCCAUGUCGUAUCUGCCCUUCGGGGCCGGGCCGCACAACUGCAUUGGCAUGCACAUUGGCAUGCUGCAGAUCAAGCUGGGCCUCAUCUACUUCCUGCGCCAGCAUCGCGUCGAGCUCUGUGACCGCACCGUGGACCGCAUCAGCUUCGAUGCCAAGUUCGCGCUGCUCGCCAGCGAGCAUCGCAUCUACCUCAGAGUUGUUGACUGUUUAUAGCGCACAAGCGAGCACCAUCUCAUGACAAGGGCAAUAGAGACCAGGGCAUCAUCCACAGCACGCAGCAUCCCAGCACCCGACAUUCGACAUUCGACAUCCACAUUCAAACAUCCAU